AUGAACUUACUCAGAACUCGCGCGAGCCGCCUGCUCAGCGCACUCGUCGACUUCAUCAAGGUUGCUAAAAGCUGUGGAGCUCAAGGCUUCUUUGCUAACCAUAAGGUGAACCCGCGAGCUCCAAAUCUCAAAAGGCAACACUCACCACCCACUGUAACCACCACACCACCAACCACAUCUUCACUCCAACCGUCCCAAUUCUCUAAGAAACCACGAGAGCCCCAGCAACUACACAGCCCCCCACGCGCUGGCAUAUCCAAGACCAUCUGUUCCCAGGACUACCCUGAGGUUUUUCGCCCGGCGAUCAACAAACCUUUACUGCUAAUCACAGUCACUAUAUCGUACCUAAACUUAGCCACUCGCACUGAAUCCAGUCUUCCUGCAGAGCACAACCAGCCUUUUACACAACAGCAUCAACAUGCCAUUCAAACCACUCCCUCGCAUCUCCACACAAGCGUCUCGCAGGCACAGCGUGAGAGCUGUGGUCCUGCACGACGGGCGCUGUUGCUCUACGGGCUGGAGAUACUACGGGAUGGUCUGGAUGCGUGGGAUACGGGUGCGAGAAGGAGGGCGGGAAAGGUAGGGUGUGUGGAGGUAUACUGUAUCUAA